UAAAGCAACACAAUACUGCAUCCACAAACCCUCUCAAACAUUCCUUUUUUCCUGCUUUUAAAACCACUUGCUCAUAAAGCUGCUCAUGUUCCUUUUUCACUCCAAAAAAAAACACAAUUUUUUCCUUUUGCUUCUUCUUUAAUUUCUACUUCUUCAUCAUCAUCCAUGGAUACUGCUCAAUGGCCUCAGGAGAUAUUGGUGAAGCCAAUGGAAGAUAUAAUAGGAAACACAAAUGGUUCAUCAAAACCUAAUUGUGUUGAAAGGAAAUUAGUUAGACCACAAAAAGACCAAGUUGUGAAUUGUCCAAGAUGCAAUUCAACAAACACAAAGUUUUGUUAUUAUAACAACUAUAGUCUUUCUCAACCAAGGUAUUUUUGCAAGACUUGUAGAAGAUAUUGGACUGAAGGUGGAUCUCUUAGGAACAUUCCUGUUGGUGGUGGUUCAAGAAAAAAUAAGAAAUCUUCAUCUCCUUAUAAUUCAAAUAAUAAUCAUGUUAUAGUAAAUAAUAAAAAACUUCCUGAUAAUUUGGUUGCUCCUCCACCACAACGAGACAAUAUCGAGGAAUAUCCAGAAAGGCAUUUUGGAAAUCGACCUGAUACUUCUAUACCUCAACAUCAUCAUGCUCAAAACCCUAGUAAGAUUGUCCAUGAAGGAAGCCAAGAUCUCAAUUUGGGAUUUUCAUCUGAUUUCAAGACUAUUACUGAGCUAAUUCAGGUACCAAAUUAUGAUGGGAGUAACAAGGACAACAAUAGUCCGAAUAUUUCAACAUUGCCUCCUCCUCCUCCAUCUUCUUCCUCUUCAGCUUCUUCUCCAUCUCAACUUUCCGCGAUGGAGUUGAUUAAUGGGAUCACUUCGAGAGGGUUGAAUAGUAAUUCGUUCAUGACAAUGCCAAAUUCAGUAUACAACUCAUCUGGAUUUUCAUUGAUGCCAUCUCUAAAUUUCUCAUUGGAUCAUGGACUUGGAAAUAAUGUUCAUCAUAGUAGCUAUGGAAAUAACAAUAAUCUUCAAGAGACAAAUGCAAAUGGAAGGUUUUUGUUUCCUUUUGUAGGUUUAAAGCAAGUUUCAAAUAACACAAGUGAUGGUGCUAAUGAGCCUAGUCUUGGAGAUCAAUCUACUAAUGGAUAUUGGAAUGGGAUGCUAGGAGGAGGAGGAGGAUCUUGGUAACAAACAAAAAAAAACCUUAUAUUAUAUAGCUUUUAGUUAAGGUUUUUUUUUUUUUUUUUUUUGAAAAAAAUAAUUACGAUCAUACUGGGGGAUUAGGAAAGUGAGAAGGGUAUAGUGAGAAUCGAAUAUGCUUAUUACGUGAUAAAGACUGUCACUGGUAUCACUAGACUAUAAUUAAUCUUGAUUUAUGUUUGUUUGUUUUUGUGAUUUUCUUGUAGUGUACUUUAUUGGUGGGGGGUUUGUUUGGAUUUUAAUUUCUUCAAAAACUAACUUCAAUAGGAUAAAAGGAAUUCUCAUUUCUCCUAAAUCUUUUUUUUUUCUUUCAUUUUUUAGUAUUGUAAUUUGUCAUUAAUAGUUGGUGGGAAGUAAUUAUGUGAAGCUUAUGGGAUAUUGUGAAGAAAAUAUUGUGGAAGGAAAUCUAGCCCAAAUUUUUUGGAGGGCACAAUAUUCUACUAGUGUUAAUUGUUCUAUGUCAUAUUAUUAGAAAAAAAUAAAUGUAUUAUACUGUAUGAUUUUUAAGUUUGUAAUAUUGAGCUUUGAGAGA